AUGGUUUUCUUGUAAAUAAGUCACUUAAUACAUGUGUAUAUAUAUGUAAAGAGUAAUACAUUGUGGUUGAACUGAUCAAUAAUAAAAUUGUGAUUGCUUCUUCCUCCAUAAUUCAAUUGUGCAAUCAGAUUCAGUUUCCUUCAUGAUAUCAGAGCUUAGGGAUUGAGAUCUGUUAAAUUCUGUUCAAUUCUGUAGCUUACAGUUGAUGAUCAAUGGCGAAGAAGAUAGAUCAUGAUCAUCCUCUGUUUCUGGGAUCUUCCGAUGUACCAGGGGCAGUGCAAAUUGGGAUACAGCUUACUGGAAUGGAGAAUUAUACGUUAUGGAGUCGGGCGAUGCAAUUGAAUUUGCUCACGAAGAACAAGUUAGGAUUCAUAGAUGGCAGCAUACAAAGAGAUGGUUUCACGACUGAAAUUGAGAAGAAACAGUGGGACAGAUUUAAUGCAAUGGUCCUGUCAUGGAUUAUGAGCAAUGUUAGCAAGGAUUUGGUCAAUGAAAUUCUUUUUCGAUCAAAUGCAGCUCAAGUUUGGUUAGAUCUGCAGGAACGAUUUGAUAAAGUCAAUAUGUCCAGAAUUUUUCAUCUUCACAAAGCCAUAGUUACACAUACUCAAGGUAUUUCCCCUGUUUCAGUUUAUUAUUCAAAGAUGAAAGACCUUUGGGAUGAAUUCGAUUCAAUAGUUCCUCCUCCAUCUUGCGAAUGUGUUAAAUCGAAGGAUUAUUCUGAUAGUAUGGAUAGGCAGAAGUUUUUACAGUUUCUUAUGGGGUUUGAAUGA